UUUGUCCUCCAACUUAAUCCAAAUUUCAAAAAAAAAAAAUCAAACUCAAAAAUAAAAAAUGUUACAUCACUAGUAUAAGUAAAUACCUUUACACUGCUGUUUAUAAUGUUAAAUGUCUAUUGUAAGUUACACUUAAACUAAAAGCCUUAUUUGACAAAAUCAAAACCAAAUCAGCCUUUCUUAUCAAUGAUAAUGCUGCAAAAAUAUUUUGAAUAUUUUUCUGCUCAAUUCCCACUUGAGCAAAUGUAUUUGUUUGAGUUUAACCCAACAUACACAAGAAAAUCCACUGGACAUUGCAUGAAAAUAUUUGUUCCUCCUGUUGCUUCAUUUCAAUUAUUCUAUACUGCAGGUUGGAAGGCUGCACUAAGAGCCAAACUCUUUUAAGAUGGAGCUCCUCACAGAUAGAAUCUCUUCAACAUGGAGGAAGCUCUGCACUUCUGGCUGCUGCUUCCUUCAACCCACUGAGAGCUUAGCAUCUCCACUCUCACGAUGCGUAAAUCCACUGGUCUAAUGCUCCGCAGAGGCACCAUCCAGUCCAUCUGAGCCACUUGUGGGAAGGAUUUGAGUCACAGCUCUUGCGAGAGCCUGCUUGAAAAAUGCCAUCCAGACCACAGCAGCAGUGAUUUGGGUCAGAGCCACAGCAGGGAUGAACGCGUCAGAUGAGUCCUCCUACCAAGAGGAGGUACUAAUGGGUAACUCCACCUGGGCUGACUCUUACUCUUACUACCACCAAAACUACACCCUGCCCCCUCCACUGCUGCCAGAUAAGACAAGUACGUCCAAACCUGCAGCAUGUGAGCAGGUCCACAUUGCUGUAGAGGUCUUUCUGAUCCUGGGCAUCAUCUCCCUGCUGGAGAACAUCCUGGUCAUCACAGCCAUAGUAAAGAACAAGAACCUCCACUCACCCAUGUACUUCUUCGUCUGCAGUUUGGCAGUAGCUGAUAUGCUGGUGAGUGUGUCCAACGCCUGGGAGACCAUCAUCAUUUACCUCCUCAACAACAGACAGCUGGUGGUGGAGGACCACUUCAUCCGGCAGAUGGACAAUGUGUUUGACUCCAUGAUCUGCAUCUCUGUUGUUGCAUCGAUGUGUAGUCUACUGGCAAUUGCUGUCGACAGGUACGUCACUAUCUUCUAUGCACUGAGGUACCACAACAUUAUGACAGUGAGGAGAGCUGGCUGCAUCAUCGGGGGAAUCUGGACCUUCUGCACGGGCUGCGGGAUCAUCUUCAUCAUCUACUCAGACACCACCCCUGUCAUCAUCUGCCUGGUUUCCAUGUUCUUCGCCAUGCUGCUCAUCAUGGCCUCCCUUUACAGCCACAUGUUCAUGCUGGCACGCUCGCACGUCAAGCGCAUCGCUGCCCUGCCCGGCUACAACUCCAUCCACCAGAGGGCCAGCAUGAAGGGGGCCAUCACUCUGACCAUUCUCCUGGGGAUCUUCAUCGUCUGCUGGGCUCCCUUCUUCCUCCACUUGAUCCUGAUGAUCUCCUGUCCGCGGAACCUCUACUGCGUGUGCUUCAUGUCCCACUUCAACAUGUACCUCAUCCUCAUCAUGUGCAACUCUGUGAUUGACCCAUUGAUCUAUGCCUUCAGGAGUCAGGAGAUGAGGAAGACUUUUAAGGAGAUCAUCUGUUGUUACAGUCUAAGGAACGCCUGCACCAAUAUCUGUGCUCUGACGGGUAAGUACUGAGAAACACAGACUGAAAAGAUGAAUGACAGGAUGGGUUGGAUGAACUGACUGAAGCUGACACUGGAGCAUAACUAUGGGAGAUUCUAUCAAAAAACACUGAGAACUGGUUCAAUGCACUUUUCAGGUGGUACAAUGUAUAGUCAAGCACAUUUUUGUCUUCUGUACAUCAAGUAUUAAAACAGCAUGAACUGGUUAACCAGUAUGUUAAAUGACAAUCUCUUAAUGUAUCUGCCAUGUACACAGUGUAGCUGUUUAUUAGGUACUUAAUUCAUACAUAAAGCUGGGACAAUUUGAAGUCAUUUUUAUGUGGAAAUGUGUCACAGAAAACUGUUGGUAGCCUGCCUUUUAUUAUAGCUAACAUUUCUCCUGCUUUGGCUCUUUAUUAUCAGUGAGCUUUUAUUACCCAUUUGAUCUGUGCAGACAGGGUAUUUUCUUCUUCACUACUAUCAUUUGUAAACCUUUAAUGCUGUUGUAUAAGAGUGCUUACAUAUUUGCUUUUAACUGCAACAUCGGCAUGCACAUGAUGACUAUCCUGCAUACCCAGUAUACAUGUGUUUGCAAUUCAAUUAAAAAUAUGUUAUUCAUCCCAAAAGGGACAAUUUAAGGCAUGCAAGUUUGCUAACACAAUUACACAAACAAUUUGUUUGCACACAAAAAUAAAAUAGCAAUGUAAAAAUAAAAAUAUGACAGUGUUAGAAAGAACACACAAGGAUUAAUGGCAGUGGUCAUUCUGCAGCUGCAGGCAAUAUCCAAAUCCACAAGGGCACGUUAAUGCUACGAGUGGUCAGUGCAGUGAAUUAAAGUUGUUUUGAAGAGAACCUAAGAGAGCUUGUCUGAAAUUACCCACAUUUAUAUAAACCCAAUGCUGGUUUUCUGCCAUGAUCUCAACAUUAAUAAUGUAGUAACAUCCUCGAUGUUGCCAUGUUUAGUACGUUUAUGUUGUGCAACAUUGGUUGUUGUCAAGGAAGAUAUUUCCGUGUUGGCCAGGGAUGAUUAGGCCCUGUGGGAGAGAGAUCAGGAGCCAGCUGCAGCAGCUCUUUGUAAAUAAAAAACUUAGCCUAGUUAUAACAUUAAGUGAUGACUAAGUGGAGAUAUACUGUAUGCAUCACUACAAUAAAAAAUAUUUAAACCCAGUGACUGCCAGGUGCAACUGUUGCAUAGCUAACUGAGCUAACGGAGAAAAGUAACGUUAGUUUGCUAACAUAUGACCUGUUUAAAUUAAAAAGCAAAAUAGGUAAUAUGGAGUAUGGUUGACAUGUCUGACCUGACAUUUGAAAAAAUACUGUUAAA